UUGACAGUUGAUUUUUUUAGGUUAUUCAAAACAAAGAUUAUAACUCAAAACAAAAAAACGAUGGAACUUGUACAAUAUUAGCAAAAGCACUACAAAUACUACAAUCUUCUCAAAUAUAAUGGAAUAAAUGUUGAGUUGAGACUUUCUUAUAGAAUUGUACUUGCUUAACCAUCUGCAUUUUGGUGGAAGCAUUAAUUAUGGAUAAAAUGUAUGGUAUUUCAGAUAUCUCAGAAAGCCAGAGUGUGUUUUGUUCAGAUAACAGUGAUUGCUCUGCCACUGAAUCAUGUUCCAGCACAGCACAAAUAUAUGGUAAACAAUUAGUUCUUUUUCAUUUAAAAAUUUAAGAUCAUAAUCUUCAUGUAUCUGUUUCUAUGAAAUGCUGUAAAUGUCUUUCGCAGAUGAUUCUACAGAAUAUUAUAAUCCUGAAAAUUCUCUAAUAGAGAUUGAUGAUCAUGAUAACACAAGCAAUGAUCAUUGUGUUGCGAAAGGUCAAAGAGGCAAUAAGAGCCAUGCGAGCGUGCAAACUUCGCACCGCCUGGCAAAUGCACCGACGCCUUCAAUAUUGGAACUGCAGAGACGAAUAAAAGAAGCCCAAAGUGAAAAAAGGCAUUUGCUCGGAGGCAUCAACAGAACUGUAUCCAGAAAGUCACACCUUAUGGCGAAAAGGAUACAGUUGCCGGAGUACAAAAAACUCACCGAAAAAUUCAGCCCCUCAUUCAAACGCACCUGUCUCAACUUGUACCUGUCGUCUCCCACCUUCUACAACCGGAAGCUGUCCGAGGGUUUCCCGUUUCCCAGCUUGCGAAAGUUGCGUAAGCACGUUGCAGCAAUGAUGCGCACCGUUAGCGAUGGUUGCGAGUUGCUCAGAAUGAAGGCGUGCGCCAUGACGGACGAGCAACGCGCGUGCGUGCUCAGGGUGUUCCAGGUAAAGCUGAAACCGAAGGUCUAUUAUGGACUCAGCCGACUAGCGACCGUGUUCAUGAUCAACGGCUUCACAAGCAACUGGCAUCAGCUGGUCUCCUAUCAUUCCUCCGAAUCGGCACUGCCGCCCGACAAACUGAACGAUUUAAUAGAAUCGACCAUCGCCCGACUGCAUUCUAUCAACCUGAAAGUGGUGGCGAUUUGCAUCGACGAUUCGAACGCCGGCACAACUGAAAUGGCGUCCGCGCUUCAAAAUCGCUGGAAAGUACAAUUUAUGUUUGAUAUUCAACAGCUGGUCAUCGAGUUGUGGAAGAUCUUCGUGAAAACUGAUCUCACGUUGGACGGGAAGAUUCUCAACGGUUUCGAAAAUAUCGUAGACGGAUCGGCACGUUGCACUUUAGAGAACAUCAAAGGAUGUCACGAUCGCUUGGCCGGACUCGAGACGGUUGGCGACGCGAAAAAUGUCGCUUUUGAGGCGUGUCAAAGUAAAAUCCUGUUGACACUAAAAAGCGUCAUGGCCCUUUGGAAGGAUGAGACGUCGUACAAAGGAUUCCUUCUCUCUGUCGAAAGUGUCGCAAAUUUUCUCUAUCACUAUCGUUACACGUUAAAAACGAAACUUCCGCCGUCGCUGAUGAACCCGGUGCAGUUUAAUAGAGUCUCGAAAAAGUUUUUCGUCGCCGAAUUGAUGAACGUCUCUUUCAUACGGCACGAUCCCGGUUUGCGGGAGGUGAACGAUAUUUUGUGCGAGUCGCGCGACGCGUUCCCAAGUAAGAAUGCACGAGUUACGACGUUCAAAGAAGCGAGGUUCGUAGGUACGAGCUACCGUACCGACGAAGGUUUGAAAGAGAAUUUCCAGAAGAAUAUCUGCAAGUAUUUGUUGAAAAAGUGUCUUUCCGUUCACGAAUGUUCGCACUGUGAAAAUUACGCCGUGUCUCAAUCUACAGAUACAGAAAACGAAUUUUCAGAGUCGGGCAAGGAGGGGAUCCAACAACUCCUCGAUUUAAAAACAGUCCAUUCGCAUUUCUCGAGUUUUGUCGAAAGCAUGGAGCUGAUUUUCCAACAGAAACUGGAAAACUUUUCGGAUUUGCAGGACGCUGCUGUAUUACAGUUGACAAAAUCUUUCAGGCUGCUAAAAUUGAAACAUCCGUGCAAAGAUUUUCCAUUUUCAUAUGUUACUUUGUUGUUUGCUAGGGUUAGAUUGUAUUAUGAGUUGAUGAAAAUAAAUAGCGCAAAAUGUGUUUUAUAA